AUCGACCAAUGAAUGAAUUCCUACGCGAGCGGCGAGGUGACGUGCGCAGGACGAGACGGUGUUUUUAGGAAAUCGUUUCUUAUCAAUAUCGAUUUACUCAUUAAUUUUAUUUUAAUCCGUCGCUGACAUUGUCUGCUUGCAGACAAAUGCGACGAAAUAUUUUUAGAUAAUAAGUACAGUGUUUAACGUGUGUGUGGUGAAAGAAAAACGUGCAAAAUGGGGUCUUUAUUCAGAAGUGAAGAAAUGACAUUAUGCCAGCUUUUUUUACAAAGUGAGGCAGCGUAUGCCUGCGUUUCUGAGCUUGGAGAACUGGGACUUGUGCAGUUUCGUGAUCUAAACCCUGACGUCAAUGCGUUCCAACGCAAGUUCGUCAAUGAGGUCCGCCGCUGUGAUGAGAUGGAGCGGAAGCUGCGGUACCUGGAGAAGGAAAUCAGGAAAGACGGCAUCCCCAUGCUCGAGAUCCCAGGGGAAUGUCCCGAGGCGCCGCAACCCAGGGAAAUGAUCGAUCUUGAGGCCACCUUCGAGAAACUGGAGAACGAGCUGCGCGAGGUGAACCAGAACGCCGAGGCUCUGAAGAGGAACUUCUUGGAGCUCACCGAACUCAAGCACAUUCUGAGGAAGACGCAAGUAUUCUUUGACGAGCACGAGGGUGGUGCCAAUACCACUGAAUCGAUGACGCGCGCGCUGAUUUCCGACGACCCGAACAGACAUAUCGGGCAUGUCCAACUAGGUACACGGGAUAAGCAAGAGUCUUUGGAAUUUCUGCCUUGUUUCGUGGCCGGCGUGAUCCUGCGGGAGAGGAUCCCGGCCUUCGAGCGGAUGCUGUGGCGCGCGUGCCGAGGCAAUGUGUUCCUGAGGCAGGCGGAGAUUGACAUGCCUCUGGAGGACCCGUCUUCUUCGGACAACGUUUACAAAUCGGUGUUCAUCAUCUUCUUCCAAGGAGACCAGCUCAAGACCCGCGUGAAGAAGAUCUGCGAAGGGUUCCGUGCCACCCUCUACCCGUGCCCCGAAGCGCCGGCUGAUCGAAGGGAGAUGGCCAUGGGAGUCAUGACCAGGAUUGAGGAUUUGAAUACUGUCCUCGGCCAAACCCAAGACCACCGUCACCGCGUCCUCGUAGCCGCCGCUAAGAACAUCAAGAAUUGGUUCGUGAAAGUGCGCAAGAUCAAGGCUAUAUACCACACUUUGAACCUGUUCAACUUGGACGUGACUCAGAAAUGUCUGAUUGCCGAGUGCUGGGUGCCGGCCCUGGAUUUGGAGACCAUCCAGCUGGCUCUGAGGAGAGGAACCGAACGCAGCGGCAGCUCUGUACCGCCGAUCUUGAACCGCAUGGAGACUAUGGAGGACCCGCCUACUUACAACCGCACCAACAAGUUCACUUUCGCGUUCCAGAAUCUGAUUUACGCGUACGGUGUCGCCACCUAUCGGGAAGUUAAUCCAGCUCCGUACACUAUAAUAACGUUCCCGUUCCUGUUCGCGGUGAUGUUCGGCGACCUUGGACACGGCGCCAUCAUGGCCGCCUUCGGGUUUUGGAUGUGCUACAAGGAGAAACCUCUGCAGGCGAAGAAGAUUGACAGCGAGAUCUGGAACAUAUUCUUCGGCGGCCGUUACAUCAUUCUGCUCAUGGGGCUGUUCUCGAUGUACACCGGCCUCAUUUACAACGAUAUAUUCUCAAAGAGUCUUAACAUAUUCGGAUCGUCGUGGAAGAACAAUUAUAACGAGUCUACUUUAACAUCGAACAAAAUAUUACAAUUGAAUCCCGACUCUCACGACUAUACGCAGAGUCCGUAUCCGUUCGGCGUGGAUCCUGUCUGGCAGCUCGCUAACGCCAACAAGAUCAUCUUCAUGAACGCUUACAAGAUGAAGAUCUCCAUCAUUUUGGGCGUGUUCCACAUGCUGUUCGGUGUCUCCCUAUCCAUGUGGAACUAUGUUUAUUUCAAGAGGAGGAUUUCCAUCUACGUGGAGUUCAUCCCUCAGAUCAUGUUCCUGACCCUCCUGUUCUUCUACAUGGUGCUGCUGAUGUUCAUCAAGUGGACCUCUUACGGGUCUGCCGGCGAAGGUCACUUUGGAAGCGACGACCCGGAUAUAAUAAAAUCGAGCGGCUACUGCGCACCCUCGAUCCUGAUCACCUUCAUCAACAUGAUGCUGUUCAAGAAGGAAGAGAACACACGCCCCGAGUGCGACCCGCAAAUGUUUGCCGGACAAUUCUUUAUACAAAAGUUGUUCGUGAUCGUGGCCCUGAUGUGCGUUCCAGUCAUGUUGUUGGGUAAACCUUAUUUCGUUUGGAAGCAACAGAAGCAGAGGGAGAGCCAAGGUCACCACCAGCCGACAGAAACUACGGCUGAGAACGGCGCGGCCGGAGGCGCUGUCCUGCCCGCCGCGGAACACGACGAGGACCUCACCGAGGUGUUCAUACAUCAGUCAAUCCACACGAUCGAGUACGUGCUAGGCAGCAUUUCCCACACGGCGUCGUACCUCCGGCUGUGGGCGCUGUCGCUGGCGCACGCGCAGCUCGCCGAGGUGGCCUGGAACAUGCUGCUCAGGAAAGGUCUGAUGUCGUCGGACUUCGAGGGCGGCAUCAUCCUGUACGUGGUGUUCGCGGGCUGGGCCGCCAUCUCCGUGGCCAUCCUCGUGCUGAUGGAGGGGCUCUCGGCCUUCUUGCACACGCUGCGGCUGCACUGGGUGGAGUUCCAGAGCAAAUUCUACAAGGGCGAAGGUUACCUGUUCCAACCUUUCUCUUUCGAAAUCAUCCUCGAGUCUGCUGGCCAGGGCGAAGAGUAAACCAAUCGCUUUUAACGACCAUAGUAAAAUUUACAGUAAGACAUCUCAAUGUUUACAUUUUGUAAUCGUUGAAUGAUACUUUGCAGAAUUAGGAGAUUGUUUCUUUUGUUUUGUUAUUUAUUUACAAAGAAUCGUAUGAAUGAUUAUCAUAGAAAAUGAAAAAAUAAUAAUCAUAUAUAUCUAAGGGUGGCAAUAUCUGUGACUCAUAUCAACGUGAAUCAAAUAGCAACAAGUCCUCAAAUAUGUUUUACAAAUCAUUACUUUCUUGGACUUGAAACUGUUGCUGUUAUUAUUUCCUAUUAAUAUUUGUUGUAAUAUUGUGAUCAAUAUUUGUAUUACUUUCAUUCACAUCUCUUUAUUUAAUUAGAUCAAUUAAAAUCAUCAUAUUAGUUACGAGUUAUUUUUCUUGUAUUAUAAAUCUUACUAGAGAUGACUUACUGUUUCUAUUUUACUAUAACAAUCAAAUAGUUUCAUUAUAGCGGCAGAUAUUCCAGAGAACUGUUGCCUCAGUGUCUAUGGUAAAUAAAGAUAAUAAAACUCGUUUAAUGUUGCAUGCAGUAUUUAAUCAGAUUAUAGUAGAAUUUUGAAUAAUUAAAUAUACAUCUAUGUGUAGAAAUGUAGUGGUUGCUUCAAAUUGAUGUUUGUCAAUCUAAAAAAUAUAUAGAAAUUUUACGAUAUUAUCAUAUUUAAUUACAAAUUGUAUCUGCCCUGUAAUUUUUGAUGUCUUUUUUUAAAUAUAACAAGCGAUGUACUCAAAUCUUUAUCACAGCUUCUUAGACUAAAAUGAGAAAUCUUAGCCAAAAUGUCGAGGUGAUUUUUUUUAUAUUUUGUUAGUUGAAUUAGCAUUUUUAAACAGAAGAUUUUUUUAAAGAAAUAAUGUGUUGAAUAAUUUUAUUGUAAUCACCAGAUUCUGUACUUAAAUAAAUUUAUUUAUAUUGUUUUUUCUGAGGCUCUCUUUGUUGUGAUGCGCACGCGCCUUGCCAUUCCAGAAAUAGUUUUUAUCUGAUUAUCCGUGAAAUUGUUCGCGUAGGAAAUAUAUUGGUGAUGAAUAAACAUUGUUUUGGUAGCAUAAUAA